AUGGAGUCUGGUCAGUGUUCCUCCAUUGGGGGUCAGCUGUAUGACUACCACUUCAUUGGAGAGAAUAAGACCUGGGAAGAAGCCCAGGAGUAUUGCAGAAAGAACCACACUGACCUGGCCACAGUGACUAACCAGACAGACAUGAACAGACUCCAAAACCAUCCAAAGUAUCAAGGCGGAUCCUGGAUUGGGCUGAAAGAAAACACAACAAAGAUCGUUUGGCGCUGGUCUCAGCCAGAGAUGGAGUUCAACAAGAGUAACAGUAACUGGUAUCAAGGACAGCCGGAUAAUGUAGACGAUCAGAAGAUCUGUGUGAGGCUGCAUGGUGGCACAUGGGAUGACGACUCUUGUUCUAAAACGUAUACAUUUAUCUGCUAUGACGAACACAAUGAAACCGGCAAAGCAGUUCAUGUCACUAACCAGAUAACCUGGCUAGAGGCUCAAAGCUACUGCAAAAAAUAUCACACUGACCUGAUCAGUGGAGUCAAACCGAUAGAAGACUUCAAGACACAGCACCAGAAUGAUGCAAGCACAUUUUUCUGGAUCGGCCUGUUCAGAGAGUCUGCCUGGAGUUGGUCAGAUGGGAGCAGUUUCUCUUUCAGAUCCUGGGAUACAGAUGAACCUAAGAAGACAUGUGCUAUGACUAGGUCAAAUGGAAAUUGGAGCUCUGAUGUCUGUGAUAAUAAAAAACCCUUCUUCUGCUACAAUGAUUCAGUGAUCCUGAUCAACCAGAGCAUGAUCUGGGAGGAUGCGUUAUACUACUGCAGAGAUCACUAUCGUGACCUUGUCUCCAUCACCAACCAGGACGAUCAGCUCUGGGUCCAGGAGAGAGCCAAGAUGGCCUCCACUCCCCACGUGUGGCUGGGACUGCGCUACACCUGCACUCUGGACUUCUGGUUCUGGGUCAGUGACGAGACGGUCCUCUACAAGAACUGGGGCCCCGGCCAGCCUGGGGACGACUGCAACAUGUCUGGAGCCAUGGACCAAAAUGGAACUUGGGUCAAAAUGAUCGACGAUGACCACAAGCUUAACUUCAUCUGUUCCAAGUAAAAACCACCAUGUAACACAAUGUAACUAAGUACAUUUACUCAAAUACUGCACUUCAGUAAAAAUGUUGUUGAGAUGAGGUACUUU